AUGGCGGACGGAGGACUAAGUGGGUAUAUUGGCGAAGUUAUCAAAGAAAUGGGGUGUGGUGGCGCUACCAAAAGGGCCUCGCAGCGAGGAGACCCGAAAUGGUGCAGAGAGAAUCCGUGGGAAGGAGCUGGGAAAAGAAUAAAGUCCUGGGAAGAGUCAGAAGAGGGUAAAGGACGAUACAUGACGGUACUACAGGAGGGAACUCGGGCAAGAAGUUUAUGUAAAAGUAUAGAUUGGUGGAUGAGGAAUAUUCAGCUAAACGAACAAAGACAUUACGAAUGGGGACAAAUAACUUGUACACCAGAAGCUACCGGUUGGUUAGGAGGAAAUUGGGAUCAAGACAAAUGCAUAGUAGAUCCAGACCAGGACGUCUGGGGACUAUAUAACAGUGGAAGAGAGUUAAGAACAAGUCAGAACAUUGAGAGAAGAUUGAGUUUAUGUAUGGAUCUAAUGACCAUAUUUAUGCAGGUGUUAAAUGAUAUAGGCGUAAGCGAAGAAGAAUGGAUUAGCAACAACGAAAAAAAAGAUCCUUGCGAUGAUAUGUAUAAGAAACUGGAGGGAUGGAUAGGACCCAAAGCAGGCAAAAAAGUAAUGGACGAUUGGUUUGCCCCAAAAUCAAGGGAAGGACAACCAAGCCAACGAAUAAUAAGGAUAGAAAAUUCAAAUAAGGGAGGUCCAUGGGGAGAAUUUUUCGGCCUGGUCAAAACCAUAGCGGUUGGAUUGCAGUGUUCCCAAAGUGCCGACCAGGGAGCAGAGUAUAUGACAAGUUGUGUAUAUAGAAACGAGGACAAUUGUCAACCAACUCCUCCCGAAGACCAAAUCAGCAAAAUCCAAGAGGAAUGGAUCAACAGGGACAAGACUGGCCAAGAGGUAGAAACUCAAUUGACAAAAACGGAAACCAGGACAGGCGAACAACUAAAGCAGUAUAUUGAGAAGUCAGAACCCAAUACAGUAGGCGCAAUAAUUGGAGGGGUUCUAAGUAUAAUUUUAGCAAUGAGUAGUUUAUAUGGCAUAUGGAGAAUAAGUAAUACAUCAUUAAAAGCAAGAAGAGAAACCAAGAAACCAGAGGCACCAGAACAAAUCAACAAAGUAGGCGUAAGAUAUCCAGUUACGUUCUCUUGA